AAGAUCCCACUUAUUCCAUGGCUAUUGGGCAUGCACAUCUCUUUGCCUGGUGUGCUGUUGAUCUCACUGACUCUUUAUAGGAGUACAGCAUCAAACUUGUUACAUUUAGCAGGCGUUCAAUCUCACUAUUCCUAUUCGGUAGCCGUCUUGAUUGGAGAAUUUGCAAAGAUUGCCAUCUGUUUUGCAGUCGCAGUACGUCAAUUCGACAAAACUCAUCUAUCCGGAUCGAACAAUCGCCUACAACGAUAUCGAAGAGCUGGUCAGAGAGUAUGGUCCGAAACAUUCACAGCUCAAGCAUGGGAGCUCUUAGUGCCAGCUAGCUUGUAUGUCGCACAAAACAAUCUAUGCUUAUAUGCGGCCGAACGAUUGAUGCCUAGCAUAUAUCAAUCGAUUUGGCAAAUACGACUCUUGCCUACAGCAUUGCUUACAGGUAUCUUUUUGAAAAAGUAUCCAAGCGCACAACGAUGGUUCUGUCUUUGGGGGAUUGCAUUGGGCGUGAUUGUGAUUGAAUCAGCAGCAAUUUCCGCCAAGGAGGGGAUGAAGAAAUCUGCCACAAUUACACAGAAUGCAAACGCAGACAUCGUCUUUGGGUCAUUGGCGCUGUUAUCUGCAUCGUUUUGCUCAGCAAUGAGUGUGGUGGUAUUGGAGAGAAUCUUCAAAAAUGGUAAAUCCAACUUUUGGGUGACAAAUUUGCAAUUAAGUGUGUUCAGUCUGGUACCAGCAUACACACUGGUGCUGCUUGAUUGCUGGAGGGCGGCUUCUAUCUUUGCACCCUUCCAUGCAUUCUUCUCUGGAUACUGGCCUUGGAUUGCGAUUGUGGUUCAAACAGGGUCUGGAAUUUUGGCCGGAUUGGUGACAAAGUAUGCAGAUGGAAUCACAAAUAGCAUUUCUGGAGUGAUUUCAAUCGCUUUGACGGCUUUUGUCGAUCAAAUUUUACGAUCUCAAGAUAUGACAAGAGCCUCUCGAAUCACAAUCAUGAUUGGAAUCGGGAGUGUUGUUGCAUGUACUUAUUUGUACUCUGUCUUUCCUGCAAGAGGAUCUCCACAGAUGCCUCAUCAGCCUCGAAAAUCAUCAAUCUCCUUACCCAGAUUCCACCUCUCCAGCACACAAAAGAGUGGUGAUCGAAUUCGCAGCGCAAUCGAUUGAUAUGCAUUCCCCGCACAUUGUUUUUGCUAUCGCUUAUGCAAUAUAUGCAAUUAUACCCUAGAAAAGCAUGGUGAUGUGAGACUUGUGGCUGAGAGGAUGGGGCCCCACAGCCCAAAAGGUAUAUUGAUCCUGCAAGAGAUGCAUAUAUUGGGGUUAUGAGCGGUGAUUGCUGGUGAAUGAGAGCCGUUGAAAUAGCAGCAUUUCGGAUGUACCGAUAAAGAGGCUUACUAUGGCUUUUAAUAAAACCACGAUGUCGGAUAAGAGAUUAAGAUAAGAUACCGGUCAAAUGAGCCACAUAUGCCAAGACUUGGUAAUUUGAUGCUGUGUAAGGAUAUAACGGAGAUUCUCGUUGGAGAACAUAAAAAAGGUUUCGAGUUCCUGAAGAUGGUGGGGAAAAGGCGGAGUGCAUGCAUACCAAGACAAUUAGUGUAAAGUACCUGAACAAGACGUCUUCUAAUCUGUACAGAUGUCAGCCAAAAG